GUCUCAGUCUGCUUGUUGUUGGCUUGGAUUGAGGGUGCGAAGCCAUGGCGAAUGCCAGUGGGGUGGGAGACCCUGGCCUUUCGCGGAUGAGUAUUGCAUCCCAGUUCUUUUCUGGAGAGGAAACGGCGGAGACUGAUACCAUGACUACAUCAGAGAAAGUUGUGGAUUUGCUAAAUCAGGCUGCCUUAAUAAUCAACGAGUCUAAAAUCACGAUCCUUAAACAAGUCCAGGAACUGAUCAUAAACAAGGACCCUACCUUGCUGGAUAACUUCCUGGAUGAAAUCAUUGCUUUCCAGGCAGAUAAGUCCGUUGAGGUGCGGAAAUUCGUUAUCGGGUUCAUAGAGGAAGCCUGCAAACGGGACACGGAACUGCUGCUGAAGCUCAUUGCCAACCUGAACAUGCUGCUGAGGGAUGAGAACGUCAACGUGGUCAAGAAGGCCAUCCUUGCCAUGACCCAGCUGUAUAAAGUGGCCCUGCAGUGGAUGGUGAAAUCCAGAGUGAUCAAUGAGAUGCAAGAAGCCUGCUGGGAGAUGGUGUCAGCCAUGGCCAGCGAAAUCAUCCAGCUGCUGGACUCCGACAAUGAUGGGAUCCGCACUCACGCCAUCAAGUUUGUGGAGGGGCUGAUCAUUACCCUCUCGCCCCGUAUGCCAGAGUCGGAGGUGCCCAAGCGACACGAGAAUGACAUCAGCCUUGACCGGGUUCCCACAGACCACACAUACAUCAAAUAUAAUGUCCUGUGGGAGGAAGGGAAGGCAGCACUUGAACAGCUCCUGAAGUUCAUGGUACACCCAGCCAUCUCCAGCAUCAACCUGACAGCAGCGCUGGGCUCCCUGGCCUCCAUCGCCCGACAGCGGCCGAUGUUCAUGUCAGAGGUGAUCCAGGCCUACGAGACGCUGCACGCCAACCUCCCUCCCACACUGGCCAAAUCCCAGGUGAGCAGCGUCCGCAAGAACCUCAAGCUCCACUUGCUUAGUGUCCUGAAACACCCAGCCUCCGUUGAGUUCCAGGCCCAGAUCACCACCCUGCUGAUGGACUUGGGCACCCAGCAGGCUGAAAUUACCCGCAAUAUGCCCAACCUGAAGGAGUUACGCAAACGCCCUCGGGAUGAGAGUGACCCUACCUUGAAGAAAAUGAAGCUUGAACCACCCCUUGGGGAAGAUGACGAGGACAAAGAUCUGGAGCAGGUAGCAGUGCCUGCCCCCAAACCAUCCAUUCAGAUCAGCACGCAGUCAGAUAUAGAUAUCACAGCUGAGUUUCUGCAGCCCCUUUUGACUCCAGAUAACGUCGCCAACUUGGUGCUCAUCAGCAUGGUGUACCUUCCAGAGAACAUGCCUGCUUCCUUCCAAGCUACAUACACACCAGUGGAAUCUGCUGGCACUGAAGUCCAGAUCAAGCACUUGGCCCGGCUGAUGGCCACCCAGAUGACUGCCGCUGGACUGGGGCCAGGGGUGGAGCAGAUCAAACAGGCCAAGGAAGCAAUGAAAGAAGAGAAGACAACCAAGCCAGAAAGCGUGCUGAUCAAGCGACGCAUUUCCACUCUCAACCCAGGCCAGGCCAUCUCAGUGGUGGGGGCUCAAAGCUCUGCUUCCCCCACUGCGGUGGAAACGGGGGCACCACAGGCCAAGCGGCGCCCAGAGCCAAUCAUUCCUUCUGCCCAGCCAAGGCUGGCAGGCGCCAGUGGCCGCAAGAAGAUUUUCCGCCUGAGUGACGUGAUCAAGCCUCUGACCGAUGCGCAGAAGGACAAGCUGAAACUGGCAGCUGUGAAGCGGAUCCUGCGGUCAGAGAAGGCGGUGGCUUGCAGUGGGGCAGCCCACGCCCGGGUGAAGAUUCUUUCGUCUCUGGUGACCCAGUUUGAGGUCCCUCUGAAGCGAGAGAUCUUGACCUUCGUUCUGGAUGACAUCCGCAACCGGCUGGACUUGGCCUUUGCGUGGCUGUAUCAGGAAUAUAAUGCUUACCUGAGCCAAUACCCCUCUGGCUCCCUCAGCAACUACGACGAGUGUCUCAUCGGCCUCCUCUCUGGCCUGCAGGAGAAGCCCGACCAGAAGGACGGGAUCUUCACUAAGGUGGUUCUGGAAGCCCCACUGAUCACAGAGAGCGCCCUGGAAGUGAUACGGAAGUACUGUGAAGACGAGAGCCGGACAUAUCUGGGCAUGUCGACGCUCCGCGAUCUCAUCUUUAAGCGCCCAUCCAGGCAGUUUGAGUAUCUGCAUGUUCUGUUGGACCUCAGCUCCCAUGAGAAAGACAAGGUUCGUCAGCAAGCCCUCCUCUUCAUCAAGCGGAUGUAUGAGAAGGACCAUCUGCGGGAAUAUGUGGAGAAGUUUGCACUGAAUUACUUGCAGCUGCUGGUCCACCCCAACCCUCCUUCUGUCCUCUUUGGUGCUGAUAAAGAUACGGAGGUGGCUGCCCCCUGGACAGAAGAGACCAUUAAGCACUGCCUCUACCUCUACUUGGCCCUCCUCCCCCAGAACCACAAACUGAUCCAUGAGUUGGCAUCUGUCUACACUGAGGCCAUUGCAGACAUCAAGCGCACAGUGCUCAGGGUUAUCGAGCAGCCGAUCCGAGGGAUGGGAAUGAAUUCUCAGGAGCUGCUUAAGCUGGUUAAGAACUGUCCCAAAGGUGCCGAGACUCUGGUGACCCGUUGUCUGCACAGUCUGACAGAUAAAGUUCCUCCCUCUCCAGAGCUAGUGAAACGCGUUCGAGAUCUGUACAACAAGAGGCUCCCAGAUGUCCGAUUCCUUAUCCCUGUCCUCAAUGGUUUGGAAAAGAAAGAGGUGAUCCAGGCUUUGCCAAAACUCAUCAAGCUGAAUCCCAUCGUUGUGAAGGAGGUUUUUAACCGGCUCCUGGGAACACAACAUGGUGAAGGAAAUUCUGCAGUUUCCCCUCUGAAUCCUGGGGAGUUGUUGAUUGCCCUCCACAACAUUGAUUCCACCAAGUGCGAUAUGAAGUCCAUCAUCAAAGCGACCAACCUCUGCUUUGCUGAGCAUAAUGUAUAUACCUCCGAGGUACUGGCUGUGGUGAUGCAGCAGCUCAUGGAACAGAAUCCACUGCCUAUGCUUCUCAUGCGGACAGUCAUCCAGUCCCUGACCAUGUACCCACGCCUGGGUGGCUUUGUCAUGAACAUCCUUGCACGCCUCAUCUCGAAGCAGGUGUGGAAGUAUCCCAAGGUCUGGGAGGGCUUCAUCAAAUGCUGCCAGCGCACCAAGCCCCAGUCCUUCCAAGUCAUCCUCCAGUUACCUCCACAGCAGCUCAGUGCAGUCUUUGAGAAGUGCCCAGAGCUGCGGGAGCCUCUGCUUGCUCAUGUCCGGUCCUUCACCCCGCACCAGCAAGCCCAUGUCCCCAAUUCCAUCAUGGCCGUUCUGGAAGCCAGCAGCAAACAGGAUACAGAAGGCAAAGAGCUGCAGCCGCUGGAGGAAGGGAGGGGCGCUGCUCCAUCCAGGACCAAGACCCUGAGAAGAGAGAGGGAGGAAGAAGCAGAGCCCCAGCCCCUCCUGCCUCGGGUGUCCCAGGAUAUGAUCGCCUUGCGCCUGGCCCAGGAGAAGGCCCUUAAGCGGCAGCUGGAGGAGGAGCAAAAGCUGAAGCAGCAGCAGCAAGCUCGGCCCGCCUGCCCACCAACCCCUCUUCCUGCCGAGGAGUUGGUGGACUUGCCAGAAGAGGUGCCCGAGGCCGAGACCCCCACCAUCUUCAUCAGCAUGCAGGAGGAGGAGGAGAGUUUUGGGGGAGACAGCUCCUUGCUGGAUUCCAGUCUAGAGGGACCCUGGCCCAGCAAGGAGCUGCUCAGCAAGGAAGGGGGGGCCAGCAGCAGCAGCUCAGACGAGGGGUCCUCUGGCAAGCCCCCUGCCGUGGCACCGCCUACGCCCUCCCCAGAGGAGCCAGCCAAGGACGGGCCAGCAGCAGAAGGCAGCCCGCCGAGCCUGUCGGAAGAGCCACCGCCACCGCCACAGCCCAGCACCGAGGAAGAAGAGAAGAUGGAGAGCUGAUGGGCGGAUGGCGGGGCGGGGAGAGACUGGGGAAUACGGGAGCUCUGCUUUCUCAAUAAAGUGUCUCAGCUAGUC